GGCCGCCACAGAGGAUCCACUGGGUAUCCAACAUCGGCACCGCCCUCAGGUUCCUAGAAGGCAGGAAGAUCAAGCUAGUCAACAUCCAUGCCACUGACAUAGCAGACGGUCGACCAUCCAUUGUCCUGGGGUUGAUUUGGACUGUCAUCCUCUACUUCCAGAUCGAGGAGUUGACCAGUAACCUGCUAGCCCUGGAGGCCCUGUCCAGCAGCACCUCCUCAGUGGACAGCAUGGCCAGUAGCUCAGAGACAGGCAGUCCCGCCUUAAAGAGGGAGGUGGCACCCAAGAAGUUCCAGGGCAAUGCCAAGAAGGCCCUCCUCAGAUGGGUACAGAGCACUGCU